UGUUUGUGUGUGUGUGUGUGUGUGUGUGUGUGUGUGUGUGUGUGUGUGUGUGUGUGUGUGUGUGGUUAGCUGCAUGGUAAUGUCUGAGGGCUAACGAACACAGCUGCCGUCAGUUGGAGCUCUGGAUGUGGUUUGCUGUGUGUGUGAACAUGGAGACUGCCCACAAUCCAUCUGGGCUUGUGUUGGUUGCGCCGAUGGAGCCCAUGUUGUCGUCUCACAACGUUGUCGUAGGGAAUCAGAAGCUGACAAACCUGCACCUUGCAACAAAUCGCAGCUUCCCUUCCCUGGCACAACCCAGGCUUCACACAAACACAACUUUGUUAUGAGAGAGUUGUAGAAACACACACACGCUGAGGUUUGUAACAUCGAACGAACAAUGUCGACAAAGAGCUGAAAACUCACGCUUCCACUCCAUAGCAAAGCAAAGAACCCACUUAGUGCAGCCAGUGAGAACAUGAUCAGACCUGUUAAUAACGAGUCCCUUUAAUGACUUCCUGUAUGUGAAACCCAGCAGGCAUUUCCAUGUUGGGACAACAUUCAGGCAACAUUAUAAUUGUGGUUGAAUAACCAUUGGAUUAUAUUUAUAUUUAUAUUAUAUAUAAACGAGGAAUGAGAUGGAGUUAGUAAUCAGGAAAUCACCAGAUUAGAGCCUAUAGUGUGGAUACUGACUGGUCAGGUAGCAUGGCGACGUGGACGCUCUGGUGUCCAGGUUCCGCCUGGUUGAUGAGCCGUGCUUGUUGCUCCUUAUUUUCUUACGUCAUCCACCAAAAUCCAUCAAUGUCCAUCGUCAAACUACAACAUAUACGUAACACACUCAGCAUUUAUCAUAAAGAAAAAAAACUCAAGUACAUAAAUAAAUGAACGACAGGAAACAUAUGUCAAAUAAUCAUAUCUCACUGGCUGCACACACAUAAAACAAGUUGCUGCCAUUAUAAACAAGAACCGAACGUGGAAAUCACAUGACACCACAAAUAAACAAACAGGGCAAACACUGGACGAAACAGCGCCACCUGGCGGCUGGGAAACAAAGUGGAACAGAAACACAAGUUCUAUCGUUGUAAAACCACACCUGACCCGUUUUUCACAAAUUCUGCAUAUUUGAAUCAAUGUAAGAAAAUUCCGUACUUAGGACACUUAGGUUCAAACAUAAGCAUGGACUAACAGUCCAUUCAUAUGUUUAAAUCAUUUUGACUUACUUUUUAAAAAUAGCUGCUACGUCGCUGUGCUCUUUCCAAAACAGUUGCUCUGUGUCUUCUCUGCUGCAGCACACACUUUCCCAUCACUUCCCCACACAUUAUGUUAUCAAGAUUAUAGUCUAGAUAGUGGAUAUAUUAUGAAAACCACAUACAAUCUAUGAAUAGAACUCAAUUAAACAGCUACAAAUGGAAUGCAUGAUGACCAAAACUUUAUAAAAAUGAUGAAGUAAAUAAGUCUGGCUAAUAAUAUAUGUUAAAGACAAACUGUCAUUUUAACAUUAUUAUUUUUAAAUUUCAAGUAAGUUUUUUUUUUGCCUUUUACAAACAUUAGCAUUAAAAGUUAUUUCAACUUUUCAUUAACGUCGCAAAAACAAGUGACAUUAUUUCAACCAUAUGUCAAUGUUGAUUUAUCAGUAUUUUUAGACAUUUUUACAAUCGUUAUAAUUAAACUUGUUUCGUCACAUUGACAACUGACAUUAUUUCAACCUUAUUUUAACGAUGAAGGUCGGUUGUGUGCCUGCUGGGGAGGAACAUGUUAAACACACAGUCUGCUCUGCUGUGUCUGACAGCUGGUGUGUUGGCGGGAAAGCAGAGGCCCAGCUGUCACAGAAUGAGUUUCACACACAGGAUGGAGGAGGAGGAGAAACUUACAGAGAAGGAGGAGGAGGCAGGAAGAGCAGAAACUUACAGAGAAGGAGGAGGAGGAGGAGGCAGGAGGAGGAGAAACCUACAGAGAAGAUGGAGAAGGAGGCAGGAGGAGGCUGCUGAAAACACAAGAAUUUAUUAAUGAAGUAACACUAACAGCAGCAGAUGUGUGUGGAACUGCGUUCAGUUAAUUAUCUGUUACCUAAUUGGCCUUUAAUCCACACACACGCACGCACGCACGCACGCACGCACGCACACUCCGUAAAAGAUGGAGAAUGGACAACAGCAGCCAUUCAUCUCUUUGGUCUCCUGGGACACACUAACAGGAACAAAGGGCGGGUUAACGCCGUCCCACACACACACACACUCUGUCAUGUUUACCGGCGGUCGAGGUGUUAGUGAGUCCACAGACACUGCGCUGGACUCUUAUAGUCUAUUGUCAUAGAAACGCUCAUGUCUCUGGGUUUGGAUUCUCCCUCUCUCUCCUCGUUCCUCCUCUUCUCUCCCUCUUCUUUCCCACCUUCAUGCUCCAAAGCCUGCGCGCCUCCCUAACAAUAGCGCCGCCGCCUCUGCCCCGGCAACAGGCCAUCGCCAGGACUGCUGACCUCUGACCCCAUCACAGCUGCUCAGCCAUCGCAUAUCCCAUAAUGCCCUGCUUCCUGCUCCCUCCUGUGACCAUAAAAAGUGCUUGGCUUUCACUUAGUCCUGGUCUGCAGGUUCCACGUUGCUGAGCUGCUCUCUCCAUCAGAGCCUCUAGUCAGUCAAACUGUUUACUGUGAGCAGACGGACAGCAGCCUGGAGCAAAUGACGUGUUAUUGAGCGUCACAGGUGUCAGUACGGCUGCUGGUUUGGUCCCGUGUGCUGCUGGAGACCAGCCUGCACCACAGAGCAGAUUGAAGCCUGCGCUGGGUCCUCCAGGGUGACGGGUGCUCAUGGAGCCGAGUCCAGUGCGUCUGCGUCGGCUGCAGGUGCCGUCCCGGCGUAAUCUGAGCCGCCGCUUAUUAAUAAAUGAUGCAGCAGAAGCCGUGGCUCAGGGAUAAGGUCGCUCCAGCUCACACACAGUCACCACCGCAGAAAACACUCUUUCUGCUUCAGGACCAUUCGUUUGAGCCACAUCCUUCUUGGCCGAUCAUGAAUCCUGAAUAUGACUAUCUGUUCAAGCUGCUGCUGAUCGGUGACUCUGGAGUUGGAAAGUCAUGUCUGCUGCUGCGCUUUGCGGACGACACCUACACUGAAAGCUACAUCUCCACCAUUGGCGUUGACUUCAAGAUCAGGACCAUCGACAUGGACGGGAAGACGGUGAAGCUACAGAUCUGGGACACGGCAGGGCAGGAGAGGUUUCGCACCAUCACCUCCAGCUACUACCGAGGAGCUCACGGCAUCAUCAUCGUCUACGAUGUGACGGAGCAGGACUCCUUCAACAACGUCACGCAGUGGCUGGAUGAGAUCGAGCGCUACGCCUGUGACAACGUGUCCCGGCUGCUGGUGGGAAACAAGUGUGACCUCGUCAGCAAGAAGGUGGUGGAAGCUGCUGCUGCUCAGGAACUGGCCUCGUCUCUACACAUCCUCUUCCUUGAGACGAGCGCCAAGAGCGCUGAUAAUGUGGAGAAGGCCUUCAUCACCAUGGCCUCAGAGAUCCACAAGCGCCUGGCCAGCGAGGGAGGGGGGAUGCAGGGCGACACACAGGCCCGGAGCCAGGGCUCCAGGAUCAACAGCGCCCCCGUGUGGCUGGGAGGGGAGCCGCCGGCCCAGGACACCAGCACCUGCUGCUGAGCAGGAGACGUAGAAUGUGCGCGUGUUCUGAUUACUUCAGACUGUGAUGGUAUUAUUACAUUACUAAUUCAUUCAUGCCACAUUAAAACAAUGCUUCACAGCACGAGAACAAAGUUUGUGUACGAUGCAAAGGAUUUAGACGAUAUUUACUAGGUUUUGUUUUAUUUCUUGUUCAUGGCAAUAAAGAGAUAUUUAGAAUCACUGUGCUGAAAAUAUAGCACACACAUCCAAGCAUCACACACAAUAAAGAUGCAACGUUAACACACAGAUCAGGGGCUCCAGUGUUAAACAGAAGCUGAUGGAGGCGUCUUCACCAUAAACAACGCUGUGAGCGGGUGUUUAAAGUUGAGAACGUCUGGCUCCAAAACCAGCAGAACCAGCAGAACCAGCAGCCUGAAGCACUAAGACUGCUCAUAUUCCAGAUAAAUGGAACAAACUGGUCACAUCCCGCUUCCUCACAGCAGCAAAUGCAACAUUGACGUCCAUUUGUUUCCAAGGAUUUGAGAAAGAAAUGAUUAUUGAACGUGUGUCUGUGCCUGAGGCCGUCAGUUGCUUGACAUUUAGACACAGAAUCACAACCCUGCUCAUGGCCAGAACAUCAAACAGCUGCUGUAAAUAACACAACAGCACAGACACUAAAACCCAAGCAUCACUUCAUGUGUUAUCAGGAUGCUGGUUCAACCCUGAUGGCCUGUAAUCUUCACAGCAACCACAUCAAUAAUUAAAACAGGUGACAUAACAAUACCACAAGUGUAAAGUCAGCUUUAGUUUUCAUGUCUGAGGUGAAAACAGGUGAAAAGCUCAUGUCGUCUGUUUCCUUCUGGUCGCUCCUCACUUCCUGCCUCGUCCAGGUCGGCGGCUGCUUCCUCCACUAGAUGUCAGGCUGCCUCUUUCAAACCAGCCUUACACAACGCUACAAUGAAGCUCAGCAGAAAACGAGCCCGGUGCAUGAGUGGGAAUGAAGACACGCCGGAGCUGCUUUAAAAAGCCAGACAGACAGAGUUUUUGUGGAACUGACAUCAACCCUGACGCUUUUUCACCUACGACAGAAAUGUAAAUGUAAGCAAAUGUAGUUUGAGUUUGAAGGGAAUUCAAGCAGUUAGCCUCAGGCCUGCUUGUCCAGCAGUGAUGACAGGUGGGAUCAGGUGGAAACGGAUCCUUGGUUGUGAGAGACGGAGCCUCGAUGCUGUGAAUCCACCUGAACCCAGCGCUGUUUUGUAGCAACAUGAUCCUCGCGCUCGUUUCCUGCUGAGGUUCACACAUGAUCACCGUUCGGCGUCCACUUUGUCUCGUGUUUGCAGCUUUCUUCCUAAUGAGACAUCUCAACUACGUCUGCCUCUACUGAAGCUUCCAGUCCUUGUCCGGUUUGUCAUGAUCUGUGUUUUUGUUUCUAGUUGUAUCAUGUUUCACGCCAUGUCCUGUGUAACACUACUUCCUGUUUUAUUUUGGUAGUCUCCUGGUUUCUGUUCCUGCUUUAGCUUUACUUCCGGUUUUUGUCUUGUCACAGCUGUCCCUGCUCCACCUGAUCGUUAUCCUCACCUGCACUGUAUCAGUUAAUUACUCAUCUGUGUAUUUAGUCACCUCCUGUUCCCGUAGUCACUUGCCAGAUUGUUGAGUUGAGAAUGUGUUGAGCGUCCCUAGUUUCCUGAGUUCCCUGAGUGUUCGUGUUCUCGUGUCUUAUUCCUGUUCGCACCGUGUAUCCUGCCCGACACUGGAUUAUCUACUGACCGUGAGUUUUUGCCUGUUCCCUGCCUGUACUUUUGCCGAGCCUUUUUUGUGUUUGACCUGGACCGUAUGACCCUGCCUUGAGCAAUAAACCUUUUGUUGAUUAUAA